AUGUGUGAAGCGAAUGAUGUAGAAGAACCGUCAGAAUUGACCGUAUCAGGUGACGGCACGUGGAAAAAAAGAGGGUACUCUUCGUUGUUUGGAGUUACUUCUCUAAUUGGAUAUUAUACUGGAAAGGUAUUUGACAUUCUUGUGAAAAGCAGUUACUGCAACGAUUGUAAGAUUUGGACAAACAAAUUGGAUUCCGCCGAAUACGAAGCGUGGUACGAAGAGCAUGUUGAUAGCGGCAAUUGCAAAGCCAACCACAGCGGACCCGCUGGAAACAUAGAGGUAUCAGCAGUUAUAGAAAUGUUCGAACGAUCGGUGGAAAAUCUUGGAGUGAAAUUCCGUAACUACAUCGGAGACGGUGACUCAAAGACGUACAGCGGCGUUGUUAAUGCAAAACCUUAUGGUGAAGAUUUUUUAAUAAACAAAAAAGAAUGCAUCGGGCAUGUGCAAAAGAGAAUGGGAACACGCCUGCGUGAACUAGUAAAAAAACACGUAGUUGAAACAAAAACCAAGGCUGGAAAGACUGUAAAAAGAAAAAGCCUUUCUGGCAAAGGGAAGCUUACUGCUAAAAUGAUCGACAAAUUGACUGUUUACUAUGGACUGGCUAUUCGACGUAAUCACGAUUCAGUUGAGAAGAUGAAAAAUGCCAUAUGGGCAACUUAUUAUCACUACAGUUCAACCGACGAGAACCCUCAGCACGAAAAAUGCCGGAGUGGCGAAGACUCCUGGUGCGAAUGGCAGAAAGCUGCAGCUGCAGAUGCUCUAGGAUCAUUCAAACACAGCUACACAGCUCUUCCUACUGACAUUCUGGAAGCCAUGAGGCCCAUUUAUUACGACUUGAGCAAGGACGAACUGUUGCAGCGAUGUCUUGGAGGUUUCACGCAAAAUAAUAAUGAGAGUCUCAAUCAGCUCAUUUGGAAAAUCUCCCCAAAAUCUGUCAGUGGCACCUCUACAAUUGUUGAAAUUGCAGCUAAUGUAGCUGCAUGUAUUUUCAAUUAA